ACGGGCGCUUUAUUUAUGUGCGACAACGACGAAGGAAAUAUGGCGGCAGCCAUGGUGCAAAUGUCUUGUUUGUACCGUGGGAUGCUAGCGGUCAGGGCAACUGGAAUACGACCGCUCAUCCCAGGUCUGGUGCCGUCGCAUUUUAGAGCAUUUUCUGUGAAGAAAGAGAAAGAGACGGAACUGGAAGACAAUCCAUAUUAUAAUAAAUAUCAGGAAAAGAUAAAGAAACUACGAAAUGCCAACCCUCAGGAGUUCAAUGCUCGGCUCGAGAAGCGAAUUGAAGUCAAGAGGGAGCCUCUUGGACACUCUAAACAAGCAGAGUUUGUCAAAGUCAUGGAGCAGGAGUUGGAGAAGCGUGACAAGCAGGCUGAUGGUUCAGGCAGAUUCACUAAAGACAAGACCCUAGGAUCUAUCCUGAACUUGGACUUGAUCCAGGAUAAUUCAGGAGAAGAAAUUGCGGAGCUGUGGAGGCAGUAUUAUGCCACAAAAGACACCAUCAGUGCUGUCAUACCAGCUCACACUUUUGAAGUAAUUUUCAACCGAGCUAAGUCGAACCCCGCGUUCCUGUAUGCGUUACCCCAGAAGGAGGGCUAUGAGUUCUUCCUGGGCCAGUGGUCGGACCACGAGCUCCAUUUCACCUCCCUCAUCAAUGUCCAGACCAUGGGAGAGCAUGCCCCCAGUCAGUUGAUCCUCUACCACUACUCAGACUUGCAGAAGGAUAAGGGUGUGGUGCUCAUGACUGCUGAGAUGGAUCCUAAGUUUAUGACUGUACAUCUGGCUCAGUGCUUGGCCAAUCAGGUGCAGCUGUUCUACGGAACCCAGCGGCAGGAGACCUUCCGAUUGGUGGAGACCUUUAACCACAAACCAGCCGACUUCAAACACACGGCAGUGAUCGCUGAGUUGGAACAGAGUGGCAUCAAUCCUGCACUCACCUCUGGAAACUAGAUCUAAGAGUUGUCGGACUGUAAAAUUAUGCUCCAAUUCACCACAGGAUUGGAAUUGCCAGGGGACAUGGUCAUUCAUUUGGAGCCUCUUGCGUUUGCGGGGGAUAAUGGAUGAAGUCUGUUGCUUGGGACUUAUGACCCGGUUGAGCAGAUUCAUCAAUUAAAAUGUAUGCUAAAUUCCUGGGCAUAGAUGAUGUAAUGAGUCAAUGUUAUUUAAUCUUAUCAAAGCCUUAAAUGUUCUUCCUCACCUCGCCCCUGUCAAUCUUACAGUUGCACUUGACCGUAGUCUCAUCUUCCAUUUUUACGUCCCAAAAGCCACCCUAUUCCCUAAAGAUUGCAUUUGACCAGAGCCCUAUGAGCCCAGGUCAAGGGCAGUGCACUAGAAAAAGCAGAUUAGGAUGCCAUUUGGGACGCUAUCCCAGUUUUUUGUGUUUUCCAGUCGAAAUAUGCUUUUUAUUUUUGUGUAAAAUAACUGCAGGAAUUUUGCUUUCAAAACAUAAGGGAGUGUACAAUGAGAUUGUGUACAUACCUAUCUAGCUUUGUGGUUGACACGUGGAUGAACUGUGUGUGAUCCAGGGAAAAAGAAAAUGGUUAGAGAAUUUGCCUCCUUUUAUUAUACUGGUACUACAUGGUUACAUAGUUGUUAAUAGAGCGAUCACUAGUGGUCACAUGUUAUUCACCUGUUGCGCCCUUUAUACCUUGUAAUAAAUUAGAGGUAUUGACAAUGCCAUACUGUU